AUGGCGCCGAGGGGAGCGAUCGCGGGAGCGAUGGAGGCGCACGCGCGCGGGAAGGGCGACGACGCGAUGUCGCUGGUGAAGAUGCUGCACGCGACCAGCGAGAAGGCGAAGAGGGAGUACUUGGCGAGCGAUCGAGGGGUCACGGCAGUGUGCGAUAGUUUACAGACUGAGCUCAAGCGUCCGAUCGAGGAAUGGAAAGACGACCUGCUCGGAGCGUUGACGAAUUUACUCGUGUCUUUUACCGAUCUGGGCGCGAUCAACGUCGAUAAAGUGCGUGAUAAAUUGAUCGGCGCGUUUGAAGCUUUGGCCGAUCGAAUCGCUGCGGCGGAGGGCGAUUUCUCAUCAAUGUCGCAGAGCGAGCGAGACGUCUUCGUGGACGUGGUUUGGAUCAUCGAUCAGUUGGCGUGUUGCGAGGAGGCGAAGGAGAAAGCUGAAUGGGAGCCCCUGGUGAAUCUCGCGAUGGACGUGGUUCUUGUCGAUCAGUUACCACCUCUGAUGCCCCAUCGCCACUGUGAAUCCCACUCCGCCCGCUACCAAGUCGCAGAAGAAACCGGAAGUGAAGAAAGCGCCUCGUAA